UUUGGAGCACCGUUGUGCGUAUAACUGCUGCGACCAGCAUUUCAUGCCGCCACACUGCUUACUGAAGACAUGGCUGACAAGACGCCGAAAGACUCGGAGGCUCCUUUUGCAGCCAGAAUAGACCCUACUAAAGAGGGUCUUUCCAAAGAGCAGCUUCAUUUUAUCCGACAGGUAGAGCUUCAGCAGUGGCAGAGGAGAACACAGAAGCUGCGGACACGAAAUGUUGUGACAGGAUUUGCCAUCGGAGCACUCGUUCUGGGAAUCUAUGGCUACACAUUUUUCUCAGUCUCCCAGGAGCGCAUCAUGGAUGAAAUGGAUGAAGAAGCCAAGCUUCGGAGAACGCAAGGACCAAAGACUGGUGCCAACUGAGCUUUAAGUGCCACCUGUCAGGUUUUGGACUGCAUGUGUGUCCUGCACUUGAACUGAAAAGAGACUUUCAUGGACACUAUUGCCACUGAUUUGAAUUCCUUGGCCGGUCGGCAGCUUUUUCAUGUUGAGGCAGAGCUUUUAGCAGAUUUAUUGUCCUUUGAUUGUGAAGGGGAUUUGUUUGAUUACGCUGCUGACUAACUAUGUAUGUGUCCUGAUUUUGCGUGAGCUUGUUUCUAAGUGGGAAAGAGUAAUCUGAUUACUGACCCUGCCAGCAUGGCCCAGACAGCAGAGGAAUUACAACACCUUCUCUGAAAGGUUUUCAGCCCUGAUGGGGAAAGUUGCACUCAAUGCCAGAGGAAUCUAUUUAGUUCAGAUGGUUAAUGAUGUUAAAUCUGCUAUGGCCUUGAAAAGCAGGGACACUGCUGAAAAGAAUCAAGCUGUUGGAACAUAUUUAAGUGGAUAAAGUGAUUUGUAUAAUAAAAAUAUAAUGUAUUUAA